AGACUCCCUUGUUGGUCUGAGGGUGAAGGGCCCAGUCCAUAUCACCUCACCCAGUUAGUCUCAGAAGUCAGAAGACUGAGGAGAAAGAGAUCUUAAAGAGGGUUUGUCUAGAGUCGUAGGCUUGUUGACUAUCUGAGAGGGCUUCCUACUCCAGGCUGGUUGAUCUGGUUUACAAAGAAUCUUGGCUGUCCAACAGAGGGCAGUGUGAGAUUUGACCAAUCCCAGACUCCUCCGGUCCKCUCAGGUCCUCGCUGUGUGUCUGCAGUCAGAAUCACCCCUCUGACAAGCAUGAAAGGCUCUCCUGAUCUGAUUCCGUCUGCAGGGCUGGACCCUACAAGGGUGUGUAAAGGGAAGGGGGUCGUGACUCUGAGGGCCACUCUGGUCCACAUAGACGACGAGGACUGCGUCAGUGAAGAAUCAAACGUUGACACGGCACCAAGUGGUUGGAUUGGCCAGAUCAAUGGAGACGGCUCUCAAAUGGGAUUGGCUGAUGGACGCUUCCACGACAUCACAGCUGAUUUACCUACAGUCAACAGAACUCAAGCCCAGGGAAGUUCACCUGUGAAGACAGAAGAACCCCAGAUUCCUGCCUCGUUUGACAUUCAGAACUAUAUUUUGUCCACAAAGGCCACCUCUGCCUACCCAUCCACCACUAACACUGUCAACCCAAACAUAGUUCUGCUACAACACAACAGAGACCCCACCCCAGAGAGGGACAAAUCGCCUGAUCCGGGACCUGUAGUUGGAACAGAGAGAGAACUAAGGCAACACCCAGAUAUGGACGGCAAGAGGAUGAGGUACUCUCAAUCCCGUGUCUUGGUCCCACUGAACCAGCCCAUCGUGCCAGUACGGAACACAGAUAAGUCCAAGGACUGGUACAAGAACAUGUUUAAACAGAUACACAGAAUUCCAGAACCUGUUGAGGAAAACCCAUAUCGCCCCACCUACAUAUUCCCUGAAUCCUAUGAUCCUAGGCAGAUGAAAACAACAGAUGAGGGUCACUCGCCCUGUGGUUAUGUGGAAGAUGUGAAAGCGGUCCCACGGUCAAAAGGUGCUGCUGAAGUUGACCAUAGGUCGUCUAUGCCUGUGCCAACACGGUCCUCCUCCCUCAAACCUGCCAAAAGGAACGACUGGGAGCCCCCUGARAAAAAGGUAGACACCAGGAAGUACCGUGCCGAGCCCAAGAGCAUCUUCGAGUACGAGCCAGGAAAAUCGUCGGUGCUGAAACUGGAAAGAAAGACUCAGCACAUUAGCCCAGAAGAUGUAGAUAUAGAGAAUGAGCCUUGGUAUAGAUUCUUUUCAGAGAUGCAGUUUGAUAAAGCGAGUGCCCCCUCUUUUAGCCCCCUGGAAACACCCGCCGAACUACAGCAGUACUCCGGGUGUAAGGCCGGACACAGCGAGGUGGAGAAGGACGAAGGAUCGUCUGGCAGCGAGCCAGCGGCUCCAGAAUGCGACCGCUAUGUCUACAAGAGCAUCCUGGAGGGCGGUGAUAUUCCCCUGCAAGGCCUGCGGGCCCUCAACAAGCGCCAUGCCAGCACCUCCUCUAAAGUGGAUUAUCAAGGUGGGAAUGGCUAUAUAAUUUCACCCUGCUCUUCUGUAAAUAGUCGAUCAGUUCUUGCCAGUAAUGCCCUAGGUUACCAGUGUAAGAAUAAGAAGCCCUUAUCCGCCGCCAAAGCCUGCAUACCCCAAAUCCUCCCCUCGAAGUUCAAACCUAAGCUGAUGGCCCCUAGUGGUGACAGCCAGGACAGGAGGACUGUGCCCGCCAGGCACCCAAAGGCACACAGCUGUGAGGAUAUAUACACAGGGAGCACAGGAGCAGAGGCCCGGGAGAGCGGACUACACUCAAACACAGACUCAGACUCCAAUGAUCUCCCCCUUGACUCUGAGACUGGUUUUCAAAAUGGCAACCCUGAGACUAGAAGGAGCACAGCAGAGUUCUCCACCCUGUACCGGAACAUGCACAGCAUCCAGAGACCUUCCUACUCGGCGGGCUCCAGCCCCCACGGGAGUGUCCGUAGCCUGACCUCCCUGUUUGAAAAGGUGGGGAUCAAUGAAACUGAUGGGGAGGGGGACGAGGCAGGGGGGAACAUUCCCCGGCGGGACGCUGUGUCGUCAAGGGUGUCGGCGUUUGAACUGAUCAUCCAGCGCUCCAGCCCGACUCCCACACGCUCCUCCUCCAUGCCAACGCUACCCACUGGCACCACCCACAACCACGGCGCCGCCAACCUCUUCAUGGCGUGUGCCGUCUCGGCUGAGUUGCUGCUGGUCACUGACCCUGGGCAGACAGAGGGCUGCCCUCUGGAGGACACGGAGGGCAAGGCAGCCCAAGACGAGGCCUCUCGAUCAGGCAGCGAGAUAGUGGAGGCGGUGGCAUCCUCGGAGUACAGUGACACCCUGCGAGUCGAGUCUCUCUCUGGGACUGAGAUAGAGAUAGAGCAGCACGGCUCCACAGAGAAAGCCCCAGUACCAAAAGAGAAACCCCCAGUGGUCACUUUCUCCAGAACCUCAAACAGUCCGCCAGCACCAGUCACUCCAUCUGCUCCCCCACACAACUACCACCUCCACAACCACCACCACCUUAAACCCAGCAGCAAGUGCAAAGGCUCCUGCCCAGCCUCCUAUACCCGGUUCACCACCAUCCGGCGGCAUGAGAGGCAGCAGCAGGCCUCAGCCCAGCAGGACAAACUCUCCACUCAGGAGAAAAUAAAGAACUCCUCCUCUCUCCCCGCAAACCUCUUGCUCAUGGGCCCUGCACCAUUCAUGGUGAAGAGGUCUCUCCAGUCUCACCGGGCCAAAAAUUAUUUCUCAGCCGCUAAGGUGAUGGCAGGUCAAAGGUCACAGACCCAUUCUAGUGAGCCCAGGCCCCUCAUCCCACAGCGUCUCUCUUCCUUGGAGGUGCUGGAGAGGCUUGGCACUGGAGUUGGUGCGCCGACCGACAGUGACAACAACCUGACUAAUGGGGGAAGCAUGGACGCCAAUGGGAAUCUUCUGCAGCCACUGGCAGCUCAUCAACGAGAUUCAGACUCGUCCCAGGCUUUCACCCAAGGAGACCUUGGUGACGGCCAGGAUGAAGUGGUUAGGAGACGCCAUGGAGACAAAGAGAAAAUCUUGGAAGAGCAGCGGCGGCUGAAGAGGGAGCAGGAGGAGGCUGACACAGCAUCGAGGCGACACACAGGAAUCGUUCCCACCCACCACCAGUUCAUCACUAACGAGCGCUUCGGAGACCUGCUCAACAUCAACAUCAACGACACAGACAAGAGGAAAUCCGGAUCAGAGAGAACUCCAGCCCUGGCUCGGUUUGACUUCAGAGCAGAGACUCUAAAGGAGUUGCCAUUUCAAAAGGGAGACAUUGUGUACAUCAUUCGACAGGUGGAUAAUAAUUGGUUCGAAGGGGAGCAUCACGGCAGAGUCGGCAUCUUCCCACGGAGUUAUGUUGAGCUCCUUCCCCCCACGGAGAAGGCCCAGCCAAAGAAGAGUGCCCCAGUGCAGGUGCUGGAGUAUGGAGAGGCCAUAGCACGUUUCAACUUCACAGGGGACACGGUGGUGGAGAUGUCAUUUAGAAAGGGAGAGAGGAUCAUCCUAAUUCGUAGGGUCGAUGAGAACUGGUACGAGGGCAAGGUCUCCGGGUCCAAUCGCCAGGGUAUCUUCCCCGUCACCUACAUAGAGGUGCAUAAACGACCCAGAAUCAAGAAUGGAUUGGAUUAUCCAGACCCACCCAUUGGCCAAUCACCUCACCGCAGCCUCAAUGCUUCCCCUCAGCUGGUGAAGAAUGAGAGUGACUACCAUGGUAGAACCUCCAGGAGCCCUGUCAUGUUGUUUGACAUCCACGACAACAACAUGAAUGCCAACUCAUUUGAGCAACCCCAGUCCCACAGCAGCAGCCCGGAGCCAGGUCGUCUCAGCUGUGGAAUUUUCCAGGCUUUGUACUGUUACGUGCCACAGAAUGAAGAUGAGCUGGAGCUGCAGGAGGGAGAUCUUGUCAGCGUAAUGGAGAAGUGCGAUGACGGCUGGUUUGUUGGUACCUCAAAGAGGACCAAACAGUUUGGCACGUUUCCAGGAAACUACGUGAAAGAGGUCAACUUGUAACCUGUCAACAAACAUUUAUAGUGUGAGGAGAACCCAGCUCUAACCCUUGGUUACCAUUCAAGUUUUGGGAAGGCAUUACUAUUGCGCUUGAUUGUUUAAAUUAGGAUAGUCAUUCAGCCAGGUGAAUACGUUUGUCUGGUGUAAGUGAUCAGUUUGGUGUGAGGUAUGUUAAUGUACAUGAGGCGAAGACAGGAGGAAGCUUUGCUGUUGACUCAUUGCCCAAACGUUAGUGUGGUGUAUACAUACUCCAACCAUAUCCUAUACAGUACAUGGCUGAAUUUAUAAAAUAAUAUUCUGACAAUGGAACUUGUAGUAAAAAAACUCCUCCCAAAAUGUCAACACAUACAGACUACGUUAUACAAUGAGUUUACAAAACAUUAUGAACACAAGAUUUUUCCAUGACAUAGACUGACCAGGUGAAUCCAGGUGAAAGCUAUGAU